AUGACGACUCCUGGCGUCCCUGUCGACCUGUAUUCGUACUGCCUGCUCCUGCAGAGCGAAAUUACUCGCCUCACCGACCGUCUCGACCGCCUUGAGUAUGGUACGCCUGCUCCACCCCCUGCUCCCCCUUCUCCUGGUCCUACAUUCCAUGGCGUUUGGGACGGCACUCGCUGGGUUCUUCCAACAGUCCCGGCCCCUACCCCUGCCGUCAUCGCUGCAGCCCACACUUCCAUACCACUUGCCGAAACCUUCCCCCCUACUGCGCCCGACACUGUCACGCGCUUCUCCUGUACGCUUGUGGUGCCUGACUCGGCUGUCGGGCAUAUCGUGGGUCGUGGCGGCAAGGGUCUCCACCAAGCUCAUGACACUUCCGGUGCUCAGUUGCGCGCGUACUCUGAUCGCGCUGCGCCUGGCGAGCGCCGGGUCUCUAUCCGGGGAACCGACCAGCAAAUCGGUGAAGCGCUUAUUGCGCUUGGGAAACGGUUCAUGCGCAAGCGUGUCCGUGCGAAGAAGCAACGUCAGCCACCGUCUGCUGAGGGACCUGCCCCCCCUCCUCCUGCCGCGCCUGUGCCUGUACCACGUGCCACGAAGAUGGAUGUCGACCGUGCCCCUCCGCACCGCUCGUCCACCGUAAUCCACGCCCAGUCUCAGGUGCCCCGCGCCACUACUGCGGUUCGACCUGCCACUCAUCCGAGGGCCUCGGCCGCCGGUGGGCCAGCUGGGCAUUCGCGACUGUCUUCUCCCCCUCUUCCCGUCUUCCCUACCCCGCCAACCUGCUGCCGCCACUACCCCACCUAUGCAGGCCGCGGCACCACCUCUCCCUACCCCCCAGCCUUACCCUACUCCCUUCGCACCCUCGGUGGUUAUGGCCACUCCGUCGGGCGCUGA